AUGCCCGCGAAGUCGGAGGGCGCAGGCGAAGAAGGGGGUGGGCUGGACCCAGGCGGUGGCUGGGAUGCCGGGAGCUGGGCAGCGACCCCCGCCUCCCGACCCCGCGCCGCCCCCACCCAGGGCGGAGGGGCUAGGCGAGCGCCAACGCCCGCCGCGGCCCUCGACGCCGACAGGUUAGCGCGAGUCCAGGGCUGGGCACCUGAGGGCGGGGACUCGUCCCCCGCAACCCCAGCAGAGAGGCGCCCCCCGCCCGAGGCUGCGAGGCUGGACGCAGCGCCGGGGGCUCCGGACGGGGUGCGGACAUCCCCCUCCCCGCGCUGGGGAGGGCUCCGACCCGACCCACGUCCGGGCUGGAGAAGUUGGGGGGCGAGCGCGGGAGGCUGGGGCGAGGCCCACGGGGCGCCCACGGCGCCGACCAGAUGGAAGAAGGGUCAGAAGGGGCGACAGGCGCUGGGACUUACCGAGCGGCUCCCUCAUGCUGCCCUGCGCCGCCGCCGCCGCUCCGGCCGGCCGGGGACCAGCGCGACCCUCCCCGCUCGCAGCCUCCACGGCCGAGCAUGCCCGGAGCCGCCUCCGCCGCCGCCGCCGCAGCCGCCGCCGCCGCCGCCGCCCCGCUCUCCGCGGCCCCGCCCAUCACCCCGCCCUCCGCGACCCAGCGCCCCGCCCCCGCGGCCUCGCGAUCCCCGCCCCGCCCAUCGCUCCGCCCCGCGCGUUCAGCCCCGCCCCGUCCGAAGAGCGGCCUCCAGGGUCUGCUCUCUGGUGGGAGGGCAGCACCCGGGCAGCGGGCAGACCCGUAGGCAAAUGCACAGGCCUCCUCUGGCACCGCCUACGGCACAGGUGAAUUGGUCACCUUUCCCUCUUUCCAGUCACUUGGGUUUAGGCAGCUUCAACGCUGUGCGGAUGUCCACACACACGUAUGCAUACGUUCACUGCCACACAGAUGCACACAGCCACACAUAG